GUGAAGAAGGCUAGAGAUAGAGAGAGAGAGAGAGAGAGAGAGAUGGAUGGAGUGCAACUAGCCCUUCCCAUAUUGGGAAUUGUAGCAGCUGCAGCUGUUACUUUCUAUGCAGUCAGCUUUACUGAGCUUAGUGAGAAAUCUUUCAGAGAUUUAGAGGAUUCGGAAAAUUCUGAAAACGAAGGUUUCAAGUCGUCUCUCAGCUCUAGGGAAAGGCGGGCCAGAAGAAAGUCUGAAAAACAAGCCAAAUCUUGAAUGUAUCCCAAUUCCCAUGUUAACGUUUCCAUUUGAAUUAUGUGUUUUGAUGGGUUUGUAUAAUGCCCUGUAUUGUAUAUCACUACUCUUUCUGUAACAAGUGAAUUCGUAUUUCAUUUGCUUUCCACUGCUACAAAUUAAGAAAGUUUCUUUUUUA